GGAUGAAGGUAGCGCCAGUUUUCUGUUCUCUACUCAUCUCUCUUUAUCUAUGGUUAGUUUGAUAUUUCAAUAAAAACAUUGUUAUUUUAUUUGUAUUUAAUUAAUAUAACUGACGAAAACGUUCGAUGAGGACAUGAUUGACGAUGUGCAAAACUAAGAAUCUUGGGCGAAUCUGCAUUCAAUUAAAUCUAACCAUAAUUGCAAGUAAACGAUCCAUGGUUACUUUCCCUCUAACCAAAUAACCGGUUACCAGUAGCCACCACAUCUCUCAAACACAAUGUUGAUGGAUUAGAUAAUUCUUUAGAUUUAGACAUCAAGUUUGAAAGUUUCAAAGUUUCAAUCAGUUUUAUCACUACCUGUAACUUUAUCCUCCAGAAUAUUACUUGUUUUGCACUUCUAAAGUUUGAAUAAAUAUAUUUUUUUUUGUUAUCGGUGGUUUUAUGCAACGUUUAUGUGACAUGCUGUUGUGUGGAAUUAAUCUACUUGAUCUACUUAGUGGUGCUUGGUGAAAUAUUAAUUAUUGUAAAUUUAAAACUGGUUUCUCCGGUGUUGACUUCCUGAUAUUUUUUAUUUGUUUAUUGAUUUAUUUUCUUUUGAGUAUUGCAUUUUACUCAUCCAUUCAAAUUAUGUGGUGUCCAAAAAGGAGACGAACUGAUUCGUUUGAAGAUGAAAAGGAAAGCAAGAUGCCAGCUCUUGAACCUAGUGGUGAUGAACCAGCCAUUAAAAUACGUGUUGGGUCCAGAGAAAGUAAACUUGCGCUUAUUCAAACUGAGUUUGUCAUCAGUGAACUGAGAAAAUUAUACUCUGAAAAGGAUUAUCAGUUUGAGCUGAUCACAAUGAAAACGAAAGGCGAUCACAUUCUAGAUACACCACUGUCUCAAAUAGGUUCUAAAUCUUUAUUCACCAAAGAACUUGAAGACGGUUUACUGAAUAAGUCGAUUGAUUUUGUUGUUCACUCUUUAAAGGAUUUGCCUACUACUUUGCCUCCUAAACUCUGUGUAGCAGCUAUACUUGAGAGAGAAUGUCCCGACGAUGCUUUGGUUCUGAAAAGUUCCCUUAAGUUGGAUAAACCAUUUACACUUAUCCAACCACCUAGUGAUAAUAAAUCCGAAUGGGUUGCAAAACAUAAUAUAAAAGAACCAAUUGUCAUUGGAACUUCAUCUCUUAGACGAAUAGCUCAGCUAAGAUUUUAUAAUCCUGAAGUUGAACCAAUCGAUAUUAGAGGAAAUCUUACGACAAGAAUGAAUAAGCUGGAUAAUCCAGAUGGACCUUAUUCAGCUUUGAUUCUUGCUUAUGCUGGGUUGAAACGAAGUGGCUAUGAAGAACGAAUAUCUCAUCAGCUGGAUUCUGAUUGGUGGUAUGCCGUUGGUCAAGGUGCAUUAGCAAUCGAGUGUCGUGAAGAUGAUUUAGAGACAAUACGAUUUUUAAGUCCAUUAAUCCAUUGCAAAACCACUUUUGAAGUAAUAGCAGAACGUGUUUUCAUGGCAAAACUUGAAGGAGGAUGUUCAGUCCCGCUGGGAGUUCGAUGUUCAUGGGAUCCACCAGAUAUUGUUAAUGAAGACUUUGGCGAUGAAAAACGCAGGAUAAAGCUGACACUUCACGGUUCUGUUUUUUCGGUGGAUGGUACUAAAUCAAUUAAAACCCACGAGGAAGCUGAUCUUGCAGAUGAAAUUGAUAUCGAUGACGUUAUUGAAGAGACGAAACACUUUACCAGCAUUUGUUUACCUCCUUCUAAUGCUCCUUGUUAUUCAACAGUUAGACGCAACUUUAUAAAUAGUGCUAAAAUAGGACUUAAAUUAGCGGAAAAAUUCAGAAAAUUAGGUGCAAUGGAAAUAUUACAAGAGAUUAGAAAGUUCAAAAGUCCUACAGAUAAAGACAACUAAAUUAGUUAGAUGAAUUGUAGCAGGUCGUUAUUGAAAGUCAAUUGUUUAAAUUAAUUUCUACUUCUAACGACUUGACAAUUUUUUCAUUCCCAAUAUAAAAUAUACUUGCUAAAAAAUGCUUAUUUAUGAUAAUAGCCGCAUGUGCAAAUAAAAACAAGUAUCUGUCACCUUA